AUGGAGAGAGAUGGAAGAAAAGAAGAUGGAGAUUCCACUUAUCUCUGCAUCCCUUUCAAUUUCAUCCAUGAAAUUUUCCGAUCGUUCUUUGUUCACGAUCUAAGAUCUCCUCAUGACAAUUUUCCUAUCCCACAAGAAGAGGAAGAGACAGAGGUUUUGCAAGUGUCGUCGAGGUCAGCGAAUAAGCAGAGAGCGAGUUCGGGGACGCCUGGUCGUGUUAACUAG